CAGAUAAACCCCAUAAUUUUUUUCUUGGAACAAGCAGGUUCACACAGCAAAACAAAACAACUCUGAAAUUCUGAUGUUGAGCCGUUCCCAAUUCCCUCAACUUUGAAGUCACCUGAAAGGUUCCAGAGCUUCCUAGCUCAUGGCUAUUGGGUCUAGACUAUGUUGGCAGCAGUAGCAACAAGUUUCCUUAAUCUCUUCGCAAAAACAGAACCAAAAAGGGUUUAAGGUUGCUCUUUUCUGUUGAAUAAGAUGCCAGCUUUGAUAUCAGCUAAGUUUUUUUCCCUUGUUGGAGGGUCAUUCCCAAUGAGAAGGGUUUUGGCCAAUUCUAGGUUUGCUUGGUUUCACAGUAGUGUCCAUUGUAUGAGCAAGUUGGAACCCCAUCAUGGUUCUCUCACUCUUUCUAGCAUUGAUGUUCAAAGUGAAGUUGACCCCAAGAACAGAACCAAAUUGAAUAAGCCUUAUAAGGCAUUGAGUUCCUCCUCUGAGUCCCUCAAGAACAAAGGAAAGCCCUUUGGUAAUAAUGAGAGGAAACCAGUUAGGGUUUUAGAUAAACAGCAAAUAGAGUCUGCCCCUUUUGCUGCAGAGUCAUUUUCGGAACUUGGCCUUCCGAAUGUGUUGAUUGACAGGCUGGAAAAUGAGGGUUUCACCGUUCCAACAGAGGUUCAGUCUGCUGCAGUUCCUACCAUUCUGAAGGACCAUGAUGUCAUCAUUCAGUCUUACACUGGUUCAGGGAAAACAUUGGCUUAUCUCCUUCCUAUAUUAUCUGCUAUCGGGCCACUAAGGAACAAAGUUCCUCAAGGCAGUGGUGAAGGUGGUGAUUCUGGGAAGAAAUUGGGAAUUCAAGCACUGAUUGUUGCUCCUUCUAGGGAGCUUGGAAUGCAGAUUGUGAGGGAAUUUGAAAAGAUACUAGGAAUGGAUAACAAGAAGGCGGUUCAGCAGCUAGUGGGAGGCGCGAAUCGAACCCGGCAGGAAGAAGCUCUCAAGAAAAACAAACCUGCCAUUGUUGUCGGGACUCCUGGUAGGAUAGCUGAGCUCAGUGCAGCCGGGAAGCUUCACACCCAUGGAUGUCGUUUUUUAGUAUUAGAUGAAGUUGAUGAACUCUUGUCCUUCAAUUUCCGGGAAAACAUGCACCGGAUAAUAGAGCAUGUAGGGAGAAGAUCAGGUGCAGGUGCAGACCCAAACUCGAAUGCUGAAAGGGCUGUGCGCCAGUUAAUUAUGGUUUCUGCAACUGUGCCAUUUUCUGUUGUAAGAGCAGCUAGGAGCUGGGGUUGUGACCCACUUCUUGUCCGAGCUAACAAAGUUGUCCCACUUGAAACCGUGUCUCCUGCUGAGCCUAUCAAAUUGUCAAUAUCUUCACCCAGCUCCAGUGCUAACUCAUCCAUGCAAACUCAGGCAGCAGUUGAGAGUCUACCUCCAGCGUUGAAGCACUAUUACUGCGUUGUUAGGUUGCAGCACAAGGUUGAUACAUUGAGAAGGUGUAUUCAUGCGCUGGAUGCCAAAUAUGUGAUAGCUUUCAUGAACCAUACUAAGCAGCUAAAGGAUGUUGUUUUCAAGCUGGAGGCCCGUGGAAUGACAGCCACAGAGUUACAUGGGGAUCUUGGGAAGCUUGCGAGGUCAACAACUCUGAAGAAAUUCAAGAAUGGUGAGGUGAGAGUUCUGGUGACAAAUGAAUUAUCUGCAAGGGGUCUGGAUGUGGCAGAAUGUGAUCUUGUGGUUAAUCUGGAAUUACCUACGGAUUCAAUUCACUAUGCUCACCGGGCUGGCCGAACUGGUCGGCUUGGUAGGAAUGGAACAGUGCUAACUAUAUGCGAAGAGCCUGAAGUUUUUGUUGUGAAGAAAUUGCAGAAGCAGCUUGGAAUACCAAUACCAUGUUGUGAUAUUACAGAGGGAAAGCUGGUUGUCACUGAAGAAGAGAAAGUACUAAGUCCUUCUUGAAGAUGAGGUGUUACAAUUUUGCAACUUUUUAGGUUGACAAUGCCGUUUCCAUGUUCCCUGUAUUAUUCUCCAUUGAGGUUUCCUUUCUCUCUUUAUAUUUUUAAUGGACCUGAUGUUUUUUAAUUUAUUUAUAUGCAUCAAAGCUAUAUUUAGGGGAUUGCUUCUUUACCUGUUUUACUAAUUAACAGCUUGAGUACUCAUUGAAAACAUGCAUUGUAGUUUACAUUUGAAGUUGAAUAUAAUAGGUAUGUUCUGUCAA